AGUAGUAAAAAAGUGCAUCACCGCAUUUUUUAGUUGAUCACAAACUGGCAAGACUAUUUUAUACCAAAGUGUCGUCAUGUCAUGUCUUUUUCUGUCAGCAGAGUUGUCAAUGUCAGAUCAGCAUAGCAACAAUACAUCACAUUAGUGACUGACAUACAGCCAGCUACUAACUGAGCCAGCAGUCUGACCGUGGACGGAUGUUUUGGUCUUACAGAUUGUGGAAUUAAUUUUCUGUGAUUGUGAUCUUUACUUUUAGUUUUGAAUUAAAUUCCAUGCUAAUUCAGACUUCUUAGACUAUAUUUAUGCCUGAACCGUUGAGGCUUAUUAAAUUAGUGGCUCACCAAAAUUUGUGACAACCGCAGGCGCUACUUAGGAGCUACAUAUAAAUUUAAAACUCAUAAUGGCUCAAAAUUCUGCAAUAGCACCGAAGGAACGAUAUAUUCCAAAUGGUCUGAAAUUCGCUUUUGGUGGGCUUGCUGGCAUGGCAGCAACUUGCGUAGUACAACCGUUGGAUCUGAUAAAAACCCGAAUGCAGUUGAGCGGCGGUGGGAGAACAUCGUUUGCUGUGGCCGGGGAGAUCGUGGCAAGAGAGGGCUUCUUUUCAUUGUACGCAGGGCUCUCGGCAGGCCUGCUGAGACAAGCUACGUACACGACCACUAGACUUGGAGUUUACAACAUUCUCUUCGACUCAUAUAAGGAACGAAAUGCUGGCGCCGCCCCCGGAUUCGGCAUUAAAACCUUAUUGGGUGUGGCCGCGGGUUCUAUAGGCGCGUUCGUGGGCACCCCGGCGGAGGUGGCCCUCAUCCGCAUGACGGCUGACGGGAGACUGCCCAAGGAACAGAGGAGGAACUACAAGAACGUUGGAGACGCCUUGAUAAGGAUUGUGAAAGAAGAAGGUGUAUUGAAGUUAUGGCGGGGCGCGACCCCCACAGUGGGGCGGGCCAUGGUCGUGAAUGCGGCUCAGCUGAGUACAUAUUCACAGGCUCGCGAAAUUUUCAUCGCGUACGUACCGGACGGCAUUGGACUCCAUUUCUGUGCGUCCAUGGUCUCAGGUCUCAUCACCACGAUCGCGUCUAUGCCUGUGGACAUCAUCAAGACCAGAAUACAAAACGCCGCGAAAGGCGAAGGUCAAGUGGCCGUGGUCACGAACCUACUGCGCAACGAGGGGGUAUUCUCUCUAUGGAAAGGCUUCCUCCCGUACUACGCUCGUCUGGGACCACACACAGUUCUAACGUUCAUUUUCCUGGAACAAAUGAACGCCGCAUACUUCAAGUUCACGUAAUGAGGGUAGUUUGAAAACUGUCAAAAGGUCAGAUCAUAGUUUUUUUUUUAUAUGAAUAGGUGACAACAAAUAGCUUCAUUGAUUAACCCUUUCCAUGCCACGGUUUUUUAAACGCUGGCCAAACGCCUCAAAAAAAAAUCAGUUUUACAAAAAGGUGUAUUCUUAUAGAGGUCAGUGUACAUGUCUGUAUGUAAAACUUGUUAUACGAAAUGUUUUGUUCAGCUGUUUAUGACAUAAAGGGAGUGAAUUUUUUUGAAGUGAGUAUACUCUUUUCGUGACUGUCACUGUCUAUUUGUUUCGCCAUAAAUAUGAGACUGGUGUUGAAAGGGUUAUAAAAACUACCUAUCCCAUAAUGGGUAAAGCAGUGACAAUAUUGUGCGUAUAAGAAAUAAAUGUGAUGCCAAUUCAGUAAGUAAAUACGAGUUAAUAAUUCGAUACAUUUGUAAGGUCCGCAAAAAUAAGUUACAAAUAUUUCUUAUGAAAUUAUUACCUUGGACGCUUAAAGCUGUUGUCAUUAGGUUGAGGUAAUUUCACACUCUUUUGAAUAAAUAAAAAUAUUUGCCUUUUUGAAAUUCGUACGCGUACACUUAAAAUGUCGAAAUUCGUCUCUCAAAUAUUUUAUUUUGCAAUUGAAUUGUCUCUUUAAAGUAUGGUCACAAUAAUUAUUUUACAGCUGCGCAAAUUUAUAGUUAUGAAUUAUUUUAUAUGAUAAGUGUAAUAAUAAUAGGUUGUUUAUUAUUUAUUUACAAACAGCUUUAAAAGCUGAUGGGUUGGUUGAUACUUAUUGAAUGACAGUAAUUUUUUUUUUCUCAAAAUUAAAGAAUUUAUUAGGAAAUUAAAUAAAAUAUAUCUUUUUUGGAACAAGUAUGUAUAAAAAAAAUACAUAAAAUUUUGAUAAAAAAAUUGUUAUUUGUCUUUUUGUUCUAAAAACUUUCUGAUGUUUUUGUAUUCUCAUUGACAAAUAAAUAUAUGAGAAAUAAAAAUGAGGCACAUUUUUGUAAAUGGUAUUUUAACAUAAUUAUGGAUUAUUGUCCGUGCCAAAAAAUCGAAUUUGGAUUGUUCGUUACGAAAUCUCAAUGAAUUUCCUUUGAUAUAUCUUGUUGAUGAUUUAAGUUUUAAAUAUAAAUCUGCUUACAAUGAUUCCGAUGUACGCUUAACAAAUGUUAUUUUUUGAUGGUUUUUUUAUCUUCAUUUUCAUUCGUUCCUAGUUCAUAGACAAUUUUGAUUUUAUGUUUAAGCGCGAAUAAUAAAUAAUUUAUAAUAUUUAUAUUCUUUGCGCUUUAUAUAGAUCGAUGUGUGGGAGGAAUUACUUUAUCCAUUUUGUAAACUUUAUAUUAACAAAUAAGUUUCGUUUAUUAAUCAAUUCUUACUAUAUGACAUAUCUUUUUUGAAAUAUUUACACUUUUACACAUACAUUUUGUUUUCGUCGACUAUAUAAGACAAUACUUUUGAAGAUGUUGUUAGUCGUUUUUAUUUUUUAUUACUUUAUAGAUUCACUUAUUUUCAAUAACACUUUUCUUCAAAUAAUAUGUGCUUAAAAUAUACGUGCAAAAUGCAAGGAAAUGUAUUAUUUGGUAUUUAUAUGUUUUAAUUUUUUGAAGUCAACUUUUAUUUACAUAUUAUAUUUUUCUUCUACCGUUAUUAAGUGGUAUGACAUGUGAUAAGCGAUAGGAAAUAUAUUUUAGGAGCAAUUUGUGACUAACUGCUAGUUGUAACACUGUUAUAAGUUAUUAAAAAUGUU